CACUAAGGUGACAUCUAUGGAAUUGUUUUCUAACUAGAGCGGAAUGCUUAUACAUAGAACACGGAUUUACUUAAGAAUGACAAGUAAUUUUGCUUCCUAAUCAACACCAAGAUAUAGCUAGCUUGUCUAUCGAGAUUGUCGAACCCACUAUCCCGAGACAAUGGGUACGGGUUCGGUAUCUCUGUCCUAGCGGACAACGGCAAUCAUGUCGUAGGCUUUUCAAGGUCCCCAGCGACCAGUCCUUGUCAGUGACCUCGGUCAUUUAUAUAAGCCCACACAGGGUACCCAGAGUGCGGAUUGGAUGAUUGAGGCUCUUGUGUAUGCUGGAACGUCGUACCGCAGUCAAUCAAUUUCGCCAUGUCCGCAACAACACCCUCAGAAGCGCAACCGACGCCACCAAUGAAUAACGGCCACGAUAUUGCUACAGCCUCCGACAGAGGGCUAACUGUCACAUUUCAAGAUGUAGCCGUGGAAGUACACGGCCUGGGCGAAGAUUAUGGUUCGACAUGUCUGUCAGUAGUGAAGGACUUGAUCCCAUCUCUUAGGUCCAGCGCAAAAUCUACAAGGCGUAUUCUCCAGGGUGUUACUGGCCAGGUCAGACCUGGAGAAACACUUUUGGUGCUCGGUCGUCCAGGGUCCGGGUGUACAACAUUGCUCAAGAUCAUCGCGAACAUGAGAGGGGAGUAUCACAGGGUGACAGGACAGGUUACGUACGGCAAUUUGAGCUCCAAGCAGGCCGAGCAAUUCCGCCACCAGAUCACCAUGAACACCGAGGACGAUCUACACUAUCCCACCUUGAAGGUAUCUGAAACGAUCAACUUCGCUGCUUCUACUAAGCUUUCCAGGUCAAGAGCAAGUGGAUCAACUAGCGAUCUAUCUUACACCGAUGAACAAACAGAAAAAGUCCUCUCUUCGCUAGGGAUUGCGCACACAGCAGACACCAUGGUUGGCGAUGAGUUCAUCAGAGGAGUUUCUGGCGGUGAAAGGAAGCGGGUAUCCCUCGCCGAAGUCAUCGCCACGGGGGCAUUGAUCCAGUGCUGGGACAACUCAACACGCGGUCUGGACGCCAGCAAUGCGUUGGACUUUGCGCGGGUCCUACGACGGGCAGCGGAUGAGGAGCGCAAGUCGGUCAUCGCGACUCUCUACCAAGCAGGAAACGGCAUCUAUUCGCAGUUCGAUAAAGUGCUUGUUCUCGCCGAGGGGAGGGAGCUCUUCUACGGGCCGGCCCAAACAGCGAAACGGUACUUCGAGGAGAUGGGAUUUGAAUGCGCCCCUGGUGCGAACAUCGCCGAUUUCCUCACAUCAGUAGCAGUUCACACCGAGCGAGAAAUCCUUCCGGGUUAUGAGAACCGCGUUCCAAACACAGUAGAAGAGUUCGAGACGGCUUACAAGGCAAGCGAUAUCUAUGCCGAGAUGGCGCGCCAGAUCAAUUCUCAAAGUCGGGAGUCGCUCAGUGCCGAGGUGGAAGACCUCAAAGAAAUGUGGCAAUCCGAGAAGAACCGUACAGUGGGCUUACUUUCUCGGCAGAAAAGCCCCUAUCAUGUGUCUUUUGGGCAGCAAGUAGUUGCCUGUACCCGUAGGCAAUUUCAAGUGCUAUGGGGUGACCGUUGGUCCAACUGUUUAAAGGUCGGAUCAGCACUUGUCAUUGCUAUCGUCACUGGCAGUUUGUUUUAUAAUCUUCCUCACACCACGGCGUCUAUAUUUUCUCGUGCUGGUGCUCUCUUCUGGCCUAUCCUCCAUUUCGGUCUGCUGGCCAUGUCUGAGACCACUGCCGCGUUCAUGGGGCGGCCCAUCACUUCUCGGCAUAAGCGUCUUGCUUUUUCCCGCCCAGCAGCGCAAGCCCUGGCCUGUACAAUCGCCGAUGUUCCAUUUGUCGUGGCAAUGUUUAGCAUCUAUGAGAUCGUCUACUAUUUUAUGGUACAAUUCGAACAAGACGCCGGGAAGUUCUUCACGCAAUGGUUCAUCUUCAUUGUAUGCACUUUGUGUCUGACGUCGUUCUACCGCAUGGUGGGAGCCUGGUGCAAGCACUUUGGUUUCGCAUCACAGAUUGCUGGAUGGUGUACUAUGGUCAUGAUGGUCUACGCUGGUUAUCUCAUCCCUGUGCCUGCUAUGCAUGUCUGGUUUAGAUGGAUUAGUUACAUCAACCCGGUCAACUAUGCAUUCAGUGCUGUUAUGGGCAGCGAGAUAAGCGGCCUCGUCAUGGAGUGUGUUGAACCACAAUACGUCCCGUACGGAGCGAGCUAUGACAAUUCGACCUAUCGCAGCUGUACUCUUGCGGGAUCGACAACCGGUUCCUCUACAGUUUACGGCGAGUCAUACCUCCAGUCGCAAUACGGAGACCCAACACAACAUGUUUGGAGGAACGCCGGCAUCGUCAUUGCCUUCUGGGUCUUCUUCGCCACCAUGAGCGCGAUUGGUUUCGAGUUGAACCUGCACGCCGACGCCGGUUCUCAAGUUCUUUUUGAUAAACGAAACAAAGAGCGCGAGACAAUGCUCGGCGGAGAUACCGAAAAGGGAAUGAUAUCGGAUUCUAGCUCUGCCAAUUCGGGAAACGCGUCCAAUGGAAUCAUGAGCUCCGCUUCGACAGUGUUCACAUUUCGGGACAUCAACUACUACGUGCACGUCGCAGGAAAAGAGAAGCAACUACUUCAGAAUGUCUCUGGAUUUGUCACACCGGGAAAGCUGGUAGCCCUCAUGGGCAGCAGUGGCGCUGGAAAGACAACUCUCAUGGAUGCAUUAGCCCAACGAAAGGAUUACGGUCGGCUAACUGGCAGUAUCUUGGUCAACGGUAAGCCUCAAGGGAUCAGUUUCCAGCGUACGACUGGGUACUGUGAACAGAACGACGUUCAUGAACCCACCUCGACUGUUAGGGAGGCUCUCCUCUUUUCUGCUCGACUUCGUCAAAAGCAUAAUAUUCCCGACGAUGAGAAGGUGGCUUAUGUUGAGAAGGUCAUGGAUUUGCUUGAACUCAGACCGUUGCAGCAUGCUAUCAUUGGAACUCCUGGCUCUGGUUUAUCUAUCGAACAGCGCAAGCGUUUGACUAUCGCGACUGAACUGGUCGCCAAACCAUCCUUGCUAUUCCUUGACGAGCCGACUUCCGGUCUAGAUGGCCAAUCAGCUUAUGAAAUCUGCAGGUAUAUGAGAAAGCUCGCCGCAACUGGUCAGACGAUUAUUGCCACUAUUCAUCAGCCAUCCGCGGCACUUUUUGAGGCAUUUGACGACCUUCUCCUGCUGACACGUGGUGGAAAGACAACAUACUUCGGACCUACUGGCAAGGGCUCGUCUGUUGUUCUCGACUACUUCAAUCAGCGAAAUGCGCCUUGCCCAGAGGGCGCCAAUCCGGCUGAGCACAUCGUGGACGUUGUACAGGGCAGGCUGGAUCCAAAUGUCGACUGGGCUCAACAGUGGACCGAGUCGGCAGAGAGACAACAAAGAAUGGCCGAGCUUGAGCGACUACAAGUUGUACAGGAUCAGCAUGAGGAGACUGAUGAUGACAUGAUGAGCUUUGCUGCCCCGCUGCCCUACCAGCUUGCCUUGGUCACCCAACGCCAGUUGGUGUCUCUGUGGCGCAAUCCUGAUUAUGUCUGGAACAAGAUUGGCCUUCACGUCACCAAUGCGCUUUUUGGAGGUUUCACGUUUUGGAUGAUUGGCGACGGAACAUUUGAUCUGCAGCUCCGCUUAAUGUCCGUUUUCAACUUCGUCUUCGUUGCUCCAGGUUGUAUCAAUCAGCUCCAGCCGCUGUUCCUCCAAAACCGCGAUAUUUUUGAUACCCGGGAAAAGAAGUCCAAGACCUACAGCUGGUUAGCCUUCAUCGCCGGUCAGCUUAUCUCCGAAAUCCCUGUCCUUAUAUUGUGCGGUACCAUCUAUUUCGUCUGCUGGUAUUUCACUUGCGGCUUUCCCGUCACGGCCAGCAAGUCUGGGCAAGUCUACCUUGAGAUGCUUUUCUAUGAGUUCCUCUACACGUCCAUAGGCCAGGCCAUCGCGGCAUACAGUCCGAAUGCCUACUUUGCAGCGCUACUCAACCCUCUUCUCAUCGGUGCAGGCUUGAUCAUGUUCUGCGGCGUCAUCGUGCCGUACGGCGAAAUCCAGGCAUUUUGGCGUUAUUGGCUAUAUUACAUUGAUCCGUUUACAUAUCUCAUUGGUGCACUCCUGACUCCGGUCGCAUGGGAUGCAAAGGUAGUAUGUGAAUCUGGCGAGCUUACUCACAUCCCGCUUCCGUCCAACACCACUUGUGGAGAUUACAUGUCAGAAUUUCUGAGCCAGGCUGCAGGGUACGUGGCGGAUUCGACCAGUACCACUAGCUGCGAUUACUGUCCAUACACCACCGGCGCCGACUACUUGAAGACGAUGAACAUAAACGCGAAAUACUAUGGUUGGAGAGAUGUCGGGAUCACGGCGCUUUUCUGCAUUUCAUCCUAUGCUUUCGUAUUCCUUAUGAUGAAGCUCAGAGCCAAGGCAACCAAGACUGCCUCGUGAGUGAAAAUGCCAUCGUUGGCAUGGCCCGUGUCGAUUUCUCCGGCAAUUGUUUCCAAUUUGACAUUCCAGGUAUAGCCUGCUUGAUGCCGGCUUCUCAAGCGCGUUAUAGGUUGCUUGCUCUCCAAGAGCUAGAUAUUGAACUAGAUUUAUACGAAAUCUCACAGAUAAAAGAUUAUUACAUAGACCAAAAGCUUUAAUUUAGACUAGACUAGAAGUUUCUUUACCGAAUUGGCCGACGCCGGCAACAAGGUUCCAUGGAUCAAGAUGUGCACAGUGACCCGCUGGUGUUAAAUUGCGCCACUGUGAAAUGACAUGACAUACCGGUGACCUAUUCGGAGUCCCGAACAUGCAAGCCUAUGUAGAACUGCGUGCAUCUAGGGAUUACGCCCAAGGGUUUAUGACGGGUCGGAUGCAGUGACUGGCCAUUGACGGUCGCUCACGCCUGAUGGAACGAACGAAAUAAAAAGAAUAUCGUGCCAGCAUAAUGAGUUGUGUCUUCA